AUGAACGCAGGUGAUAUCGAUGGUGGAGGUGGUGGUGGCGAUCUCUAUGAGCCUGCGCCAGUGGACUCUAGAUUACCCUACGCUCGUCCGCCCGAAGAUGCAUACAGGGGCAGCACGGUUCUCGUACUAGUGCUCGUCUUCCUCUGUUGUUUCCUGGGAAUUCUGGUGGGCAUCGCCUGUUUCUCCGUCUCCUAUAUGCAAAAGCGGAAGCUUCGAAGAGCAGUGGACCUGCAGAGCCCCAAGCUGAAGACCCGAUUCCAUCUUCCAGGUUUGACCAUCAGUUCCGCUGCUGGAGGCCAAUCAGUGGAUGCCAACUACUCAACAAUCAAUAAUCCAGAAUCAGAAAGGGGAAUCCGCGACUUCAGUCAACAAAGACCGGUUUCUCAAUCGACCGAGCAGAAAACAGAUCUCGUCCUCUGUGCAAAUGAUGUCUCCCAGUCGAUCAACUCCAAAACAUGUCAGCAAACAGGCUCAGAGAGCACAACCAGUUCUGGUAGGGCGAGGUCGACGACUAGAGGGAACCUUUUCGCUUCCAUUGCGUCUAAGCUUUUCCGUGCCAAAUCAAAAUCUCCCCGAACAAUUGUCGAAGUGGAUCGAAAGCAGUACGAUCCAAUGCAGGCGUCUUCCGUCCAAGAGGGACUCUUGGAAAAUUUUUCGCCUCACUCAUCACCGCCGCGAGGCCACAGUUUGAGCUAUGCAAGUCCCGUCUCCCCACAAGCCAGUCAAAUGCCCCCGCCAGAUCACCAAUCACAAAUAAAUUCGGGUGGCCUUCAAAACCCGGUUUCCGUGCACACCGUGAAUGGUGUAAUCCAAGUUGAUCUGCGGCGAAGUCACCCCUCCCUCCUGGUCAACGGCCAUCCAAUUUGGCGUUCUCCAAUGGUCAACGCCGGAUCCAUGACCAACCUCGAACGUCCCUGCUACAUUCCACACGUAAACUUCUUCAACACCCAACAUCCCCAACCCCUAGUACUGCCUGUGGACUCUGCUCUGUACCAGAGUGUCCAGGGCGAGUCGGAUGCUGACAGCCUUGCA